AUGCCACUUCGCGGGAAGCGCCGCGCGCCCGCGAAACAGACUACUCCACCACAGGAACUGCUGCCUAGCCUGGAGGCAUCGGUGACGUACUGUUGUGGCUGGUAUGCAUUUGGCUGUGCCAAGAAGGAAUGGGAACUUGUCCAUGCGACAGUUCUUAUCAAGGCCAACCUGUAUUUGGUAGUGCUUGUAAGAGGCGGUGUCGUUGAUGCAUUAAACGGUACACCGCGCCGUUGA